CUGAGGGGGCGAGUGUCCCGGGCGCGGGCCGGAGAGCGCGCGCUCGUCCCAGCCCUGAACUUGGGCCUCCGAACCUGACUCGCUGUCCUGCACGGUGUGCGGCGCGGUGGCCGGAGGGGCGGAUUGUGAGGGGCCUGGAUCUGCCCUCCUUUCAGCCGCUGUCACUGGAGCCUGGCACCCACCGCCCGCCUCGCCCCUCCCAGCAAAAGGGUCAACUGUCUCCUGAAAGCCCAUCCUUCCAGAAAGAAGGGACAGAAAGACAGACCUCUCUGUAAGAAAGGCUUGUGUAUCCCAUGAAUGAGACAGCGGAAAACCGCCUGGAGUGGAGCAGGACUCCAGAGCCCGACAUACGGCUCAGAAAAGGACACCAACUUGAUGGCACCAAGACGGGUGACAAUGACAACCACCAAGGAGACUUGGUGCCCAUUUUAGAGGCGUCGGUUCUCUCUUCCCAUCAUAGAAAAAGAUCUGAGGAACACGAGUCCAAUGAUGAAGCCUCUCAGGAAGAGGAGGGGUUUAUGGGUAUGUCCCCUCUCUUACAAGCCCAUCAUGCUAUGGAACGAAUGGAAGAGUUUGUUUGUAAGGUAUGGGAAGGUCGAUGGCGAGUAAUCCCUCAUGACGUGCUCCCAGACUGGCUCAAGGAUAACGACUUCCUCUUACACGGGCACCGGCCCCCAAUGCCUUCUUUCCGGGCCUGUUUCAAGAGCAUUUUCAGAAUACACACGGAGACAGGCAACAUCUGGACACAUCUCUUAGGUUGUGUAUUCUUCCUGUGCCUGGGGAUCUUUUAUAUGUUUCGCCCAAACAUCUCCUUUGUGGCUCCUUUGCAAGAGAAGGUGGUCUUUGGAUUAUUCUUCUUGGGGGCCAUUCUCUGCCUUUCCUUUUCAUGGCUCUUCCACACAGUCUACUGCCACUCAGAAGGGGUCUCCCGACUCUUCUCUAAACUGGAUUACUCCGGCAUUGCUCUUCUGAUCAUGGGGAGUUUUGUUCCUUGGCUGUAUUACUCUUUCUACUGUAACCCACAGCCUUGCUUCAUCUACCUGAUUGUCAUCUGUGUGCUGGGCAUCGCGGCCAUCGUCGUCUCCCAGUGGGACAUGUUUGCCACCCCGCAGUAUCGCGGAGUGAGAGCAGGAGUAUUCUUGGGCCUAGGCCUGAGCGGAAUCAUUCCUGCCUUGCACUAUAUCAUCUCGGAGGGCUUCCUGAAGGCUGCCACCAUAGGGCAGAUUGGCUGGUUGCUGCUCAUGGCCGGCCUCUACAUCACGGGAGCGGCCCUGUACGCCGCCCGCAUCCCGGAGCGCUUCUUUCCCGGCAAGUGUGACAUCUGGUUUCACUCUCAUCAGCUGUUUCACAUCUUUGUGGUUGCGGGAGCUUUUGUUCACUUCCAUGGUGUCUCAAACCUCCAGGAGUUCCGUUUCAUGAUCGGCGGCGGCUGCAGUGAAGAGGAUGCACUGUGAUACUUACCAGUAGCCAGGACCCCGACCCUGACCCAGGGCCUGCAGCCCGCAGGCCUCCCUUACUGGCCUCUGCUGCCGAUACCAGAGGAGCCACAAAACUCUGACAGCCUCAUGGGUUUCGUGACUCCCCAGGGGUUCUACAUGGCACACAACUGAGGAGAGAAAAACAAAAAUAAAUCAUACCUCAAAGGAAGAAGUGCAUCAAUUGGGAGGAAAGGAGAAACGGCCCUGACCCGCCGUGUUCUCGGGAUUCCCCGGUCGAGGGCUCUGCAUAGACCCUGGCAAACUGGCUUCUGGUCCAUGUCCUAUUUCUCUGAGAAACAGGUCAGCGGGGGGUUCAUUCUUGUCCCCUUUCUCUCCUUUAAACAAUAACACAAACCAAUUUAGGUGAACAUUUAUAUCCUGUUAAGGGAUGGGAGUGUGAUUUUAGAUCCUCUUUUGGGAGAACAAAGAAAUUAAUGUAAAUAAGAUUUCUAACUUACUGUUUAAAUAAGAAUUUAUAUAAAUGUUUAAAACAUUGGGGUAGGGAAGGGAGGGAGAAUUUUUGUAUAGAUUGAAACAUGCAAGUACCACACACUGUUCUAAUUUUGCACAAAGUGACUGUAGGAGGAUCAGGUGAUAGCCCCAGAAUGUAUGAUGCCUUGGUGCACCCAGGUGCCUUCUAGAGGCUGACACACCUUGGACCGGGUGGGGGGGAAGCGGGGCUGAGAGCACAGCCCCAGCCCGGUGAUCACAUGACCACUCAUGCCUGAGAGCCUGUGGGAGUCCUGAGGUAGAGGGAGGUGGUAUGUGUUUUCUCAGUGGAAGCUGCACGUGAAUGGCUAACAGGAUGUGUCAAAGGCUAGUUAAGCUGUCAUGUGGCAGACUGACUUGUCACUAUGCGGAUGGCCCUCUCUAAGGAGUGGAGCUACCUGCUUGGGAAAGUCAGUUAUGCUGCGAAAGGGUGGCGGAGACAGUGGGAGGAGCUCUGGACAUGUUAGCAGGGAGGCAGAGGGGACGACUUCCUGGCAUCCUGUUCAGUUUGGUGGUGAUUUUUGUCUGAGUGCAGGGAUGCGCCAGCUCCCAUGUCCUUGUUAUGGAGCUUUAGAACACUCUGGAAAUUUCCCUCUAUUAAAAUCACUGCCCUAACUACCUUUCCUCCUCUUGGGAAUAAAAAUCAGCCUUUCCCUGGAAUCAUAGUUACUGGCAUGGAGCCAGCCACAAGAGAUUCUGCCUUGUCACGUGCCUCCUGAGCUCACUUCUGUAGAUUGGGGGGUGUCUCCUUGGCACUAGGAAAGACAAGUGUCACCUCUGGUCCACUGUCGUGGUGAGCCUCAGUAUGACACAGACGUCAGCUCUCUUUGAACAAGAAACAGUUGAACUCAUGGAAAGCAGGCCCAAUACCCACCAUGGAGUUAUUAGCAUUCCCUGAAUCCCGUUUCUAAAGGGAUGGCAAGGGGAGAAGUUUGAAAAGGAAAUUGUAUGUUAUUGCCAGGGAGUCCGGUAGACUCUUUAACACUGAUUUGAAGAGCCGUUGGAAGUAAAGGAAAGAUUGCUUAUGUCCAAGAGGUUACCGGUCUGGUGUAAGGAGAGUGGUGGGGAGGCUCUGGCUCGUAGGGUUCUGAUCUUGGCUCAUAGGCGAACCUCCCAAAUAGCACUUGAUUCUUAGGUUACUUACUGUCAUCCAAGACUUGGUGAUUGAGUUACACCCUGGGGACUGUGGGUAUUAGAACUAGAUACUGAGGCCCUGAGCGUAGGUCAGGCACCCUCGGCUGGGUGUUUGGAAAUACGGGAAAAGGCAUCCUGUUUAUGCGGUUUAUUCUUGGUUCUUUUUCUCCUUUCUCUCUCCUUCCAAUCUCCAGCAAAAGCUGGGGACCAGGAAGAAAGAAUCCAUUGUAGAACUUGGCAGGAACCUAAGAGUAUUUUGGUUCUGGGUAAGGUCACUACCCUGGUUGCUAGGUGGACCCAGCCAGACUCAGUGCCUGACCGACUACAGAGCAGUAUUACGCCCCAAGGAAGCAGACCGGCGGGCACUGGCCUCUGGAAGGAAACUUACUGAGCUGUGUGAAAGCAGCAGCACCUGUCAGAAGCCAGGCUUGCUCUUUGGUCGUGCACUUGGGGACACGGGCUACAAGAUGCAGCCCUGAAGGAUCGCCAGCAGAGGUAGCCGUCACCCCACACCCCACAGGAGCAGUGGAAUCUGGUUCAACAUUAGCACAAACCCUUGGGGAAAAUGAAGUUUAACAUCAGCUGUAUAACCCAGUAAAAACCCCCCUCUUGCCGGUGUGUGUGUCUGUGUGUGGAAGUGAGUGUGCCCCUUUAUACGUGUGUGUCUGCACCUCACUACCAACAGCCUCACUGCACUGGCUCCUGCAGUGCCCGCUGAGAACUCACCAGGUUGGCGCCUGAAUGCCUUACUCUCAGCAGUCCGAGGCUUGCUUGCUCUGUGCAGAUUUUUAAUUUUCUUUUUUGGCCCUAGGCUGAUUAGGACCUCUGAAGCUUCAUUCUAUCACCAUUAAAUAGUGGCCUUUUUCAGUAUUUUUCCCUUUCCCCUUUAUACAUUGCUGAAGCCACAAAGCACAUUUUCGGGGAUCAUAGAAGAUUGGGGUUUCAGAAAGGCAUCUGUGCAAUGGUUUCCUUCACCUGGGAUUUCCCUACUUGCUGUAUUCUCGACUUCUAAUAAAAAAACCCAAAUGGAA